UGAUCUCUGGAACUCCACUGACGCGCUGAUAAAACACAUAUAUACAAACACUCUUCCUCUAACAAAUGCACAGGCAUGAAGUCUUACCCUUUGAAAGGACUGGGACCCUGUCACAACCUUCCCAUGGGCCCAGUUAAAGAGCCGUGGUGGAACUUGUCAGCUGAUUUGGUUUUCCCAAGGGACAGGUACAGUCACUGUCAUUUCACAAAAGAGAAGAGGGGCACAGAAAGUUGAAGGGACUUGCCCAAAGUCACAUGACCAGCCGUGGCAGAGGUGGAACAGGAACAGCUGUGCAGCGCAGCGAGCACUGGGUCUCUCUCUGUGCUGGGCAUCCAGACAAGUCCUUGCCUUGAACGAAGGUUCGUCUAGAAGCCAGAAGCUCUGACUCCUAAAGGGAUUUCGAUGUGCUCGGAAGGAAGGCAGACAGGGAGCUGGGUUUCCGGUUGCUCCGUGCAUCCUGUUGUCAGACGCUGUCUUGUUAGGACCUCCAUCCAACUGCCUGCGUUUCCUGCUUUUUCUUACUUUGGACAAUAACCACAAGCUUGGGUGAGGGGCAAAUGCCAGCCACCGCCCCCCUGGAACCCCUCUUCUAGGCUGGACUCUGCAUGGGCAAAGGCUUCUUGGCAAGUCCGGCAGAAGCUGAAGGUCCCACUCCAUGGAGAUAUGCUGGAAGAUAGAUGUAGCCAACGGCUCCAGGGACGACUUGGAUUUCAACCCCCUGAAGGACUACAUGGUCCUGAGCAGUUCCCAAAAGAUCGCCAUCGCGGUGCUGUGCACCCCUCUGGGCCUGCUCAGCGCCCUGGAGAACCUGGUCGUGUUCUACCUGAUCCUGUCCUCACACCGGCUCCGCAGGAAGCCCUCCUACCUGUUCAUCAGCAGCCUGGCUGGGGCUGACUUUCUGGCUAGUGUGGUCUUUGCCUGCAGCUUUGUAAAUUUCCACGUCUUCCAUGGUGUGGAUUCCAAAGCUGUCUUCCUGCUGAAGAUCGGCAGUGUGACUAUGACCUUCACGGCCUCCGUAGGCAGCCUGCUGCUGACAGCCAUUGACCGCUACCUCUGUCUGUGCUACCCCCCUACAUACAAAGCCCUGCUCACCCGCAGGAGGGCACUGGUGGCCCUGGGCAUCAUGUGGGCCCUCUCGGCAUUGGUCUCGUACCUGCCUCUCAUGGGAUGGACUUGCUGUCCCAGGCCCUGCUCUGAGCUCUUCCCCCUGCUUCCCAAUGACUAUCUGCUGGGCUGGCUCCUGCUCAUUGCCGUCCUCUUCUCUGGCAUCAUCUACACUUAUGGGCAUGUCCUCUGGAAGGCCCAUCAGCAUGUAGCCAGCUUGGCUGAGCACCACAACAGGCAAGUGCCAGGAAUGGCCCGGAUGAGGCUGGAUGUGUGGCUGGCCAAGACCCUGGGGGUGCUGCUGGCUGUGCUCUUCAUCUGCUGGCUCCCGGCACUGACCCUCAUGGUUUACAGCCUGGCCUCCCCUCUAAGUGAGCAAGUCAGGAAGGUCUUUGCCUUCUGCUCCUUGCUCUGCCUUGUCAACUCCAUGGUCAACCCCAUCAUCUACGCCCUGCGGAGUGGGGAGAUCCGCUCCUCCGCCCACCACCUCCUGGCCCGCUGGAAGAAGCGCCUGAGUUGCCUCGGGCCUGAUGGAAAAGAAGAGUUCCCGAGGUCCUCAAUCACUGAGACAGAGGCAGACGGGAAAAUCACCCAGGGACCAGCUUCCAGAGAGCUAUACUGCUCUGAUUCCUGAUGAGGCCUCUUUCACAGGAUUAAACAAGCCACAUCAGAAAUCAUUCACUCCCUGGAGGAGAGAGAGUGGCCUUGACCCUCUCACCAGCUCCGAAGACCUGUACCUCCGCCCUCUUUCGCUGAUGAGUGUCGGUACUGACCCCUAGAGGGUAGCCUGGCCUUAUCUAUCUGCACACAGUCUGUUGGGUGGCCAGGCCCUGUGAGGGAUGGCAAGGUGGGCAGAAGGCAAGAAGCCUGGGACAGGCUCAGUGCAGGACAGGACAACCCUCCCAGAAGUCAGCUCGUGACUGCAUUCUCCUGAGGCCAGAGGAGCCAGGUGGAGCCUUCAGGCUCAGCAGUGAGGGAUUCAGAGGACAUCCGAAAAGAAGACUGGACCAUUCUCCUGGGACCUCAGAGUAUCAGAUGGGAUGGCCGGCUGGCCCUCUCUGCUUAAUUGUUGGGGCCACCUUGGUUCUGGAUCUAUGAAAGGCCCCAACUUCAGGUCACCCUUUGCCACACAGGACCAGGAACUCUGAGGCAGUGAGGAUCGAGGGUGUUGAUCCACCUCUUGCAGAGGUGAUGGACAAGCCCCUCGGUCAGGGCAUCUUAUUAUUACAGCAAUGGCCCUUUCUAACACCCUGAUAAUCCCCCCUUACAACCACUGUGUCCUCUUAGGUACCUGGGGAAUACAGAGGAGGCUGGGAUCACUUGAGACACAGAAUCUUCAGAGAAUUUUACUGACCUUGUAAAGUCCUGUUUAGUGGUAGCAUUGGAAGCAGGCAGAGUCCCAGUCAAAGCCAAAUCCAAGAAAAAAGAAGACAUUCACAAAGACUUUAUAAAUCCCCAGAUUUUCCCCAGCCACGCCUCAAUCCAGCCCCUUUGUCGCCUUCACCCUCUAUACCCUGUAAUGAAUAAUAAACAGAGCAAGUGGGAGGAGGGGGAAAAUUCCUCCCUCCUUACUACAUGCCAGGGAUAAGGCUGAUGUCCCACAAUCCAUCAUCUCCAGCAAGAAUUCAGCCCCAUGCUUUUGAUGAUCUCAGAAGGGCUUAGAGCAGUAGGCAAAAGAAAUUGUUAAGGAUGAAGAGGAUUGCAGAGCAAUUCUAAUGCAAUUAUUUGGGACUAUGGAUGGAAUAAAAAGAAAGAUAUGGA